CAAGGGGAGAAGGGGCAGAAACCACUUGAAGGCGGCCUGAGAGCGAGGGCUCGGAGACGGGUUUCAUGGUGCAGAUCAAAGCCUGUGGUGGCAGAAGAGAUUCGGGGCCGAGGUGGCCUCUGCCUUAAAGUGCGGUGACACUUCCCAGAGGAGCCACAUGGACGAGAAGCCGUCCCCCAGGAAAGGCCCACCUCCCUGCUCCCUGCGCUGCGGCCUGGCCGUGGUCAUGCACCUGACCAACCUCGCCAUGAUCACGCAGCGGGUGAGUCUGAGCAUCGCCGUCAUCGCCAUGGUCAACGACACCGGGCAGCCGGCUGCGGCCAACGCCUCCGAGGAUGGGGCUCGUGCAGACGCGCCCCAGGACCCCGGCAGGCCCCUGCAGGAGCUCGGCGCUGGGAGCGCGGCGUACGCAUGGAGCCCCGAGACGCAGGGCAUCAUCUUCAGCUCCAUCCACUACGGGAUAAUCCUGACCCUGGUCCCGAGCGGGUACCUGGCGGGGAUAUUCGGGGCGAAGCGGAUGCUGGGCGCCGGCUUGCUCAUCUCCUCCCUCCUCACCCUCUUCACGCCGUGGGCCGCCGACCUCGGAGUGCCCCUGCUGGUCGUGGUGCGGGCCGUCCAGGGCAUGGCCCAGGGAAUGGCGUGGACGGGCCAGUUUACCAUUUGGGCAAAGUGGGCCCCCCCCCUGGAACGCAGCAGGCUCACCAGCAUCGCGGGCUCAGGGGCAGCGUGCGGGUCCUUCAUCAUCCUCUGUGUGGGCGGGCUCAUCUCACAGGCCUUGGGCUGGCCUUGCAUCUUCUACAUCUUCGGCGGCAUCGGCUGUGCGUGCUGUCUCCUGUGGUUCACGGUGAUUUACGAUGACCCCGUGCGUCACCCGUGCAUAAGCGUCAGGGAAAAGGAUCACAUCGUGUCCUCGCUGGCGCAGCAGCCCACGUCCCGGCGACGCUCUGUCCCCAUAAGGGCCAUGGUCCGCUGCCUGCCGCUGUGGGCCAUCUUCACGGGGUUCUUCAGCCACUUCUGGCUGUGCACCAUCAUCAUCACGUACCUGCCGACCUACAUCCACUCCGUGCUCCACGUCGACAUCAGAGAGAGCGGGGUCCUGUCCUCCCUGCCCUUUGUCGCCGCCUCGACGUGCACGAUUCUGGGGGGUCAGCUGGCCGAUUUCCUCCUGUCCAGGAAUCUCCUCAGGCUGGUCACUGUGCGGAAGCUCUUCUCGUCCCUGGGGCUGCUCCUCCCGUCGCUCUGCGCCGUGGCCCUGCCCUUCGUGGCCUCCAGCUACGUGACCACCGUGGUCCUGCUGAUACUGAUCCCUGGGACCAGCAACCUGUGUGACGCGGGGUUCAUCGUCAACAGCUUAGACGUCGCCCCCAGGUACGCCAGCCUCCUCAUGGGCGUCUCGCGGGGAUUCGGGCUCGUCGCGGGGAUCAUCUCCUCCACCACCACCGGCUUCCUCAUCAGCCAGGACGCGGUGUCCGGCUGGAGGCACGUCUUCUUCCUGUCCGCCGCCGUCAACGUGCUCGGCCUGCUGUUCUACCUGGCGUUCGGGCAGGCGGAGAUCCAGGACUGGGCCAGAGACAGGAGACUCACCCGCCUCUGAGGACGCCGAGCGGUGGGUGGAUGCGGAGCCGGCCGGCGACGGUUCCCCGUUUCUCCACUGGUCU